UACUGUCAACUUGGGUUAUUUCGAUAUAUCAUCUAACUCGUGGAAGAUGGAUGAGUGGGAUGUGCAACUAAAUGUGGACAAUACGUCACGACUACUUCGACUCAUCAUGAUUCUUAGUAUAUGCCUGGGUGUGCUGGAUGUGCUGGUCCUGCUUUAUAAAAGAUUUGAGAUCUACAUUCUUGUUGCGUACAAGAGAUCAUGGCUAUGGAAAUAUGAUAGAGACGACAAGCAAUAUGUCUGCUAUCUUUCAUAUCUAUAUGAUACUGACACACUUUCUGAUAAAAGUCUCAAAGCUACAUCCACCGUCGUAUACGCUAUUCAGAACCUGUUGGAAGAUUUGAAUUAUACAUACUAUGACGAACAAGGGCAGAUUGAUUUUACAGUUCAAGUUGAAAUAAUCACAAACCUUGUGGAAAGAUGUCACCGAAUGGUUUUUGUCUUGACUCCUGAAUAUCUAAAUGAUCGCUGGAUGAGAUUUCACGCGGAAUUGGGUUUUCAUGGACUUCUCGAGUCUCAAAUGGGCCUGAUAUUUAUUCUCACUCCGGGAACGAAGAGAGUGCUGAAGAAACUAGCAAGGACUGACAAAGUUUGGCAAAGGCUUUUGAUUGCUAUCAAGACAAACCAUGUUAUAAAAUGGAGAAAAGCAAUGAACGAAGAUAAGUUGAAGAGAAACAUCGAAUACAGACUUCCAAAACUUGCUCGGAGAAUUAAAAAAUUACCUGGUUCGGAUUCGAGCUCGACUGAUGGUUGUAAUCCAGAUCUGUGAGCCAAACCACAACUCAUACAAUGGUGUCGGAUGAUGGGGCUGCACAGGGUGACUUAAGACUUUGAUGUGAUUCUGGACAUUCCAUGUAAAUUGCAAACAUGUAUUUUUAUUUACAAUCUUCUAGAAAACAUGUAUGAAAGGGAGGGAUGGGUAUUUUCGAAUACUUGAUGAUUUCAGAUAAGAAUUGAAUCUCAAAUACCCCAAGAAUGUUUGAAUUAAUACAAAGACGUUAUUAUAUGUCCUUCUUUAUUGUAAUGGGUUCAUCGAGAAACCAAAAUCACUUAGAAUAUAGUAUCUAUCAUUCAGUCUGUUCAUACUUUGCUACUUUUUAUUAUAUCUGUUCCACUUUAUCUUUUAUGUGCCGUAGUUUAUUAAAAAUAUAUAGUAUUUAGUAUUAUUUCAAAUGUGAGGUUGAAAGUGUUUGAAUCUAAAAUCCUAUUUUUUUUUCCUUUUUUCUAUGAGACUGGGCACUCUAAAUAAAAUACUUAAGUGCUUUGCCCCCCAAAAAGCCUUAGUUUAUUAGCUUGUAUUGCAUAGGUUCGAUCAUAGGUUUGGUGAAGUAUCGCAAAUAUUAAACCAUUGGUUACAAAGUAUACCAAAAUUUGGUUCUGAAAUUACUUGUUAUCCGAAAUUUAAUCCCGUUCUGAUUAUUUGUUAUAUUUUAUGCAUUAGUUAAAAUGUAAAAGCUUAAACGUUGAUUCUCGAUUUGAAAGUUUUUUUUAUUUACUGUGUUAUUCAAUAUAUUGCAGCCGCAAAACUUUGUGCGGCAUCACUCGAUUCUAGAAGCCAUUGCAAUAGUUUUAACUCUUUUUUUAUUAUAUGUUCUCUGAGGAACUACGCGAUAAAUGAUUUAUAUUUACAGGGGGUGAGGAGCCGAUUUCCAUUAAUUUUCUCAUUAUUAUGAAAGAUUUUGAUUUAUUUGAACAAUUUAAAACUGAUUUAUACAACAAUUUUUUGGGGUCACAUCUGUAUGAAAUAUUUCUUGGAGACCUAGAUGAUAAAUAAAAUAUAUUAAAUGUUCGUUUUGAACACUAUUUCUUUAGUGUCGAAUGAAUAAAUGGUGAUAUAUUUUAUAUCGCCAAUUUGAGAAUUGUUAAAUUAGGCUGAAUGAUUGAAAAUCGAUUUAUGCAAGUUUUUUGAAGCCGCAAUUUGCAUCUGCAAAAAUUUCUUUUCAUGAUUUUUGUGUUCUUUUAUUCUAGAUUUUUAAGUAAUGCAUUUUAGCUCAGCAACGUGCGUUCUAUUUUAAGUUUUUCUUAUGAAAUUGUAACCUGUGAAACAUUCUUCUGUCCAACAAUAAAUUGUAUAGAUACUGAUAUAUUUUGAACUCCAUAUUCCAUCAAAUGUGAGAUUGGUUGAAAUACUGAAAUGUUUUUCAAUCGUUGUAUAUCAAUUUAAUGCAACUACUCAUUCUUGUAAAUAUGCCUUGUUUUUUUCUCACUCUGUUUGAAAUAUAUUUGAAAUAUUUUUUGAAAUAUAUUAAAUCUUAAAAUGGG